GAGUGAAUUUGAAGGGCGAAAAAACGAGAAAAAUUGAAUAAGAAAUGAGCGAAAACAAUGAAAACCAAUCAACAAGUGAAUUAUCAGGAGAAUUUGAAGAACAGAACGUUAAAUUUGAGGAGGAAUUAAUGGAGGAGGAGAAAUUAAGCCAGAGGAACUAUAGAACAAUGAUGAAUAUGGAGAGACAAAGGGAAUUUGGGGAAAAGCAUGCGAAACUGAAUGAAGCGAAGGCGGUAGAUUCGACAAAAAGGUUUUCAUUUCUUCUUGGACAGACAGAGCUUUUUCGUCAUUUUAUUAAUUUACAGACGGGAGCAAAUGCGGAUUCUAAAGAGAUUAUCAAUAAACUUUCGAAUGAAAAGCCGAAGAAAGAAAUGAAUUCGAAAGAUCAUAGACAUCGUAAAACGGAACAGGAGGAAGAUGCGGAAUUAUUACAAGAAGAGGAUCCGAAUGAAGGAAAUCAGACUAUUUUUACAGAAAGUCCGCCUUAUAUUAUUGGAGGAAAGAUGAGGGAUUAUCAGGUUCAAGGGCUUAAUUGGCUUAUAUCGUUAUAUGAAAAUGGUAUUAAUGGUAUUUUGGCAGAUGAAAUGGGAUUAGGGAAAACAUUACAAACGAUAUCAUUUUUAGGAUAUCUUCGUUUUUUAAAGGGUAUAAGGGGGCCCCAUCUUGUUGCAGCACCAAAAUCAACACUUGAUAAUUGGUCUCGAGAAUUUUCACGUUGGAUCCCAGAAAUUAAUGUUUUUGUUUUUCAAGCACCAAAAGACAAAAGGGCCGUUUUAAUUAAUGAAAGACUUCUUACUAAUAAUUUUGAUGUUUGUAUUACAUCAUAUGAAACAAUAUUGAGAGAAAAGAUGCAUUUUAAGAAAUUUGCCUGGGAAUAUAUCAUUGUUGAUGAGGCACAUCGUAUUAAAAAUGAAGAAUCUAUGUUAUCAAAAAUUAUUCGCUUGCUUAAUAGUAGAAAUAGGCUUUUAAUCACAGGAACACCGCUUCAGAAUAAUUUACAUGAAUUAUGGGCUUUAUUAAAUUUUCUUUUACCUGAUAUAUUUGCAGAUUCUCAAGUUUUUGAUAGAUGGUUUGAAAGCCAAAAUGGCGAUUCAGAUACAGUUAUUAAGCAACUACACAAAGUAUUGCGUCCUUUUCUUUUACGUCGUGUCAAGUCGGAUGUAGAAAGAACACUUAAACCUAAAAAAGAAACCAAUUUGUAUGUUGGUUUAUCAGAGAUGCAAGUAAAAUGGUAUCAAAAAAUACUUGAAAAAGAUAUAGAUGCAGUCAAUGGUGCAAUAGGAAAAAAGGAAGGGAAGACACGUUUGUUAAAUAUAGUAAUGCAGCUGAGGAAAUGCUGUAAUCAUCCAUAUUUAUUUGAUGGCGCUGAACCAGGACCUCCAUACACAACUGAUGAACAUAUAGUGACAAAUUCCGGAAAAAUGGUUAUGUUAGACAAAUUAUUAAGAUGGUCGAAAGCUCAGGAUUCCAGAGUUCUUAUUUUUAGUCAAAUGGGUCGAGUUCUUGAUAUAUUAGAAGAUUAUUGUUAUCUAAGGGGAUAUAAAUAUUGUAGAAUUGAUGGACAAACAUCCCAUGAAGAUCGUAUUGUUGCUAUCGAUGAUUUUAAUGCACCAGGAAGUGAUAAAUUCCUUUUUCUGUUAACUACGAGAGCGGGUGGUUUAGGAAUUAAUCUUACUACAGCAGAUAUUGUUGUAAUUUAUGAUAGCGAUUGGAAUCCUCAAGCUGAUUUACAAGCUAUGGACCGAGCUCAUCGUAUUGGACAAACUAAACAAGUUUAUGUUUUCCGUUUUGUUACAGAUAAUACUGUAGAAGAAAAAGUUUUAGAACGAGCAGCUCAAAAGCUUCGUUUAGAUCAAUUAGUUAUACAACAGGGUAGAACUCAAUUGCAAAAUAAAAAUAGUGCAUCUAAAGAAGAGCUUAUAACCAUGAUUCAACAUGGAGCUGAGGAUGUUUUUAAACAAAAAGAGGGAGGAACUAUGACUGAAGACGAUAUUGAGGAAAUAAUGAAGAAAGGAGAAAAAAGAACAGCUGAGCUUAAUAAACGUUAUGAAAGUCUUGGAAUAGACGAUUUACAAAAGUUUUCUACUGAUUCGGCCUAUGAAUGGAAUGGCGAAGAUUACACAAAAAAAAGAAGUACAGACGGGGCAGGAAUUAAAUGGAUUUAUCCAAGCAAGCGUGAACGAACUCAGCAAUCAUAUUCUUUGGAUCAAUAUUAUAAGGGUGUUUUAAAAACAGGUGGUAGAACACAUGGCCCUCCUAAGGCACCUCGACCUCCUAAACAAAUUAACAUACAAGAUCAUCAAUUUUUUCCACAAAGACUAAUUGAUUUACAAGAUCGUGAAACUGCAUAUUUUAGAAAAGAAAUAGGUUAUAAAAUACCACUUGCAGAUGGAACUCCAGAAGAUCUUGAAGAAAGAAAGGCUGUUCGAGAUAUGGAACAAAGAGAGAUAGACAAUGCUGUUCCAUUGACAGAAGAAGAACAAUUAGAGAAAGAAAAACUACUUUUACAUGGAUUUGGUGAUUGGCAACGCCGUGAUUUUUAUCAUUUUAUCCAAGCUUGUGCAAAACAUGGUCGUAAUUCAUUUAAAGCUAUAGCUCAAGAAAUUGAAGGUAAAACUCUGGCUCAAAUUAAAGAAUACUCUAAAGUAUUCUGGGAAAGAUAUUCUGAAAUUGAUGGAUAUGAACGCUAUAUUGGACAAAUAGAAGCAGGAGAAGGACGAAUUCAAAAACAGGAUCGUCAAACAAAGCUUCUUCAUGAAAAAAUUUCACAAUAUCGUGCUCCAUUGCAGCAAUUAAAAAUUAUGUAUAACCAAAAUAAAGGAAAAUCUUAUACAGAAGAGGAAGAUCGGUUUCUUCUUGUUAAAUUAAAUGAAUAUGGACUUGGAACAGAAGAUGUUUAUGAACGUUUACGAGAAGAAAUUCGAAUAUCACCAUUAUUUAGAUUUGAUUGGUUCUUUAAAAGUCGAACUGCUUUGGAAUUGCAAAGAAGAUGUGCAACACUUCUUACAUCUGUUAAACGUGAACUUGAAAUGAAUGAAGAAAAAACAGAUUGGAAACGUGAUCGAUCUGAUGAUAACGAUGAUGAAUAUGAAGAAGAUGAUAUCCCCAGAAAGAAAACAAGAACAAGCGUAAAGGAUAAAAGAACACGUUCAAGAUUAAAAAAUAAACAUUCAUCAGAAAGAGAUCAUAGCUAUAUAUCUACAACCCGAAUAUCUAGAAGUCGAUCAAAAAAAUAGUAUUCUUUUUAGAAAAAUUUAUUAAUAUAUUAUAUAUAUUAUACUA